CUUCCUCCUCAUCGAUCAUUAUAAAUAAUAGGCAAACGAUCGAAUCGAUCAAUCACUCUCCCUCUUUCUCUUUGCAAAAAGACAAAAAAAAAAAAAAGUGGGGAGGGGUUUACCUAUACAGUACGUAGUGAAGAGAAACCAAGUUCAAGUAAGCUGCCAAAAUCUCCCGCAGCCAUGGAAUUGAAGUACCAGAGCACCACAAUAGUCAAGCCGGAAGGGAUUCUCCAUAAGAAAGUACCCCUCACCAUCUUUGACAAAGCAGCCGCAGAUCUUCACAUACAAGUGCUCCUAGUCUACAAACCAGGCACUGCAAGCAACGCCAAGAUCAAGGAUGCCCUCUCCAAGGUCCUCACCCACUACCCCAUGUUGGUCGGAAAAUUGUCCGGAGACAAAUUCCCCGCCGUCUACCUCGAUGACGAGUCAGGGGUGCCAGUUACCGAGACAGCCGUGGCCGGCGACCUCGAUGACUUCCUGCCGCUCGAGCCCAGCCCGGCCCUGGCCGUCCUCAGUCCGGAAGCACAAGGCACGAACCCACUGUUUCUGGUCCAGCUCAAUCGUUUCGACUGCGGCGGCCUGGUGAUGGGGGUCAGCUGCAACCACAAGAUUCAUGACGGGCAGGCCAUCAGCAACUUCUUUGUGUCAUGGUCGGAGAUGGUCCGGGACCAACCGGUUCGGGUGCUGCCCAUCCAUGACCAGUCCCUGCUGAGACCCAGGAGCCCACCGACGCCAGAUUUCCCCCAUGAAGAGAUGGAGUUCUGCAAUGUGGCAGAACUUGAUGAUCAUGAUGCACCACCUCCUAAGAUGCUGGAUGGCCCCAUAGAGAACGUUGUGGUGCACUACAGUAGCGAGUUCAUAAGGAAGGUGAAGGAGAGGGUGGGCUCGAAGCACAGCACUUUCGUCUGCAUGCUAGCACACCUGUGGAAGAAGGUGACGGUGGCUCGUGGGCUUGGGGGGGAGGAGGCGACGAGUGCCAAGGUGUCCGUGAGUGGCCGGCCGAGGCUGGGCAUUCCUGGAGCCUACUUUGGCAACCUGGUCCUCACUGCCUUCCCUUCUGCCAAGGCCAUAGAUUUGGUGCAGGAACCUUUGGGGUACAUAGCGGAUUUGAUCAGGGAAGCUGUGGAGAAGGUUGGGAGCGACUACUUCCAAUCAGUCAUAGACUUCGGAGAACUCAACAAGGACAAGGAACUCUACCCUUCAGUGGGCAUGGGAGGCAACACACUGUGCCCGGACUUGGAGGUGGAUAGCUGGUUGGGGUUUCAGUUUCACGAACUGGACAUGGGGGGAGGGGCACCCUGCGCCUUCCUGCCCACCUGGAUUCCUGUGGAGGGCAUCCUCAUAAUGAUGCCUUCCCCCCUGAAGAACAAAGAACAAAAGUCUGAUCAGAGGUGGGGAGCAGGCAUAGAUGUGAUUCUCACUCUUUCUGCGGAGCACGCCAAAGCUUUCAAGCAGAUUGCUCACUCGCUUGAUUGAUGGACCGAUUGUGAUCUCAACACAGAAGUCUUCCCCCUCUCUAAGUUCGUCGGGGUUUUUUGUCGCCUUCCCUUUGUUAUUUCCCAAAAGAAUAAAGAGAUCUACCUUAUGAUGAUUGUGGAAUCUGUGGUUCCUCUACAUCUAGAAGUGAAGUGUUCAAUUCAAACUUAUCAUUAAGUCAAGGGUGGCGAAGUAGCUGGUAUCUUGACGAAGGAGUCGCAUCAAGCUUAAUUUACUCUCUUA